AUGUAUGUGCAGAGUGCUCGGCAGAAUCGAGCUGCCCGAUCGAUUCGAGGCCCGCAAUCUGCUCUCACCGAUUUCUUGGCCUCUCAGAACAUCUCAGCCCAUCAAAUCCGUGCAGAUGCAGAUGCACGGCGUCAAGCUGCGGCUGCAGCAGCCGCCGCCGCUGGUGAGCAGGCCACCAACUCGGCGGAACCUGGCUCAGAGGGAAAUGAUGAAGAUGGGGAUGCGGACGAAGAUGGUGAUGAGGUUGCAAGCGCCGCUACAACCGCCCGAAGAGCUCAGGAGGAAAAACGCAAGAAGCAAGCUCAGGCCAUCGAGAAGAUCAAGAAGAGCAAAGCUUACCAGAAGCGAAAGAAGGACGCUGAUGAGUCGGACUCAGACGAUAUCGCCGACGCCAUGUUUCGCGAGAAGCUGCCUCCUCUCCCUGGACAGAUGGAGAACUGCGAGAUCUGUGAGAAGCGUUUCACCGUAACGCCAUACUCACGCGCCGGCCCAAACGGAGGUCUACUCUGCACCAAGUGUGCCAAAGAUCUCGCCAAGGACGAUGGCCCUGCGAAGAAGAAGAAAAAGAAGGUCGCAGGCCAGGGUGCUGGCCGGCGCAAGGUUCAGAGCAGGAUUCUGGACGGCACCUACUCGGUUGGUGCCAAGAGCAUGAUGACCCUGUGCAUCGAGACUCUGGCGAAGAACAUUGACCUGGCUGUCGAACUCGGCGAUCUCCCGGCCCCUCUCGUCGACAAGAUUGCGCGUCAACUAUCCAAACGUCGGCUCCUUACCCCACAGAGUCUUGACCUAUUCCUACAGCCGCAAUGCGAGGAUGUCAACGUCUACGACGGCUCGCGCCUGAGCUCCUAUGACUACAUCCGAAUUUUCCAACAGGUCACAAAGCUGAAGAAUCUCAAGAUACGGAACGCUAUCCAGUUCAAGGAUGACGUUAUGGCCUAUCUGAUCACCAGAAAUAUCAAUCUCGAUGGCAUCCACCUCCACGGCGCCAAUCUACUGACUGAAGACUGCUGGAGAACCUACUUGGAAGCCAAAGGCGAGCAUCUCAAGACCAUCAAGGUGUACUACACGGAUAAACACUUUGGGGACGACCUUGUGGCUUCACUGAGGGACCUGUGUCCUUCACUGAAACGCCUGAAGAUCUCCAACAACCAGAAAGUCUCCGACAAGGGUGUUGAGCAUCUUGCCAACAUCUCGACGCUUGAACAUGUGUCACUAGACUUGAGAACCUUCACAUCAACUGAGCCGUAUCUCAAGCUCAUCAACAGCAUUGGAAGCAACUUGCGAACCUUGUCCGUGAAGCAAGUGAUGGAUCUGGAUGACCGUGUUUUGGAUGCGAUACACGAAAACUGUCGAUCUCUCUCCAAACUUCGUAUCACCGAUAGUGAGGUCAUGACGGACCCAGGAUUUGCAAGAUUGUUCAAGAACUGGGGAAACAAGCCGCUGACUUUCAUCGACUUUCAGCGAUGUCGCCAGGUCGAUGCCGCAAACCCGCGCGAGAAUCCUCAUCUAGUCGGCCUCUGCUCCGACGGAUUUCGUGCACUGAUGGAGCACUCUGGUAAAGGUCUCAAGCACCUCAAUGUCCAUGCUUGCCGACACAUCAGCCAGGCAGCCUUCGAAGAUGUGUUCUCUGCCGAGAAGGAGUAUCCUGAGAUGACCCAUCUCGAGGUCAGUUUCUGCGAAGACAUCACUGACUUUAUCGUUGGAAGCAUCUUCCGGAGCUGUCCCAACAUGAAGGAGCUGAAUGUUUUUGGCUGCAUGAAAGUCAAGUCUGUCAGAGUUCCACGUGGCAAAAUCCUUGUUGGCGUGCCGAAUGCCCGCGGAAUGAUCAUCGAGGGGUUUGAGGAUUAA